GGGACUCUCCACGCCCACAUGGUAUCUCAGACUAGCAAGACAGGACCAAACACGACAGCAUCGGUACAGAAUAUCUCCGCUCCUGCCGCCACCAUCACCGCUGACGACGCAUCGGUUUGGGAUUGAGGUCGCCGCCGCAGUCACAGUGGGACAUGUAGGAGAACUAACCCGCCGGUCCCGUAGUCUCGCGGCCGUAACAGUGUGCGCAAAUGAUUGUCGAGUUCGAAAGUGUUGUCCGUGGAUGCUAGCUAGGGUUGAUUAGUGAAUAUUGUACCGCAACAUGAAGCGUCCUGCCGCAGAGGGUCUUUCGCGCCGCCCAAAUCCAGAAAGUGCUCCUGAAUAUCUUGUCUGUCACCGCGGUCGCCACGACCAGGAGUUGGCGGGCAGUCAUGGCGCAGGCCUCAAUGCUCAUCGACUCGAACGGCAGGUCACCUGGAGGGUCGUGAUGGGGUCCGGCCGUCUGUGUGUGCCGUCGGCUGUGGGCGUGCUGAACGCCAACGAACCUGAGCUGGGGUCCGGGGAAAGGAGGAAGAAUGACAGCGGCGACGGCGUGACGUCUGGAAUGUUCGCCCGAAUUGCCUCCUGUCUUGGUGUAAUUAAAUCGGUGGCGUCCGUGUAG